UACACUCUCCUCAGUCUCCACUCUCCUGCUCUGGUAGGCUUCUUCGUCGUGCAUCCCUCUUUCCGUUCCCUCCUCCCGUCCCUUUCUGUCUACGUCUUUUCCGCCAUCGCCACAGAACAACGGUGCUUCAGCAAGUAUUCUUUAUUCUUUUUCACUAUUUUUCUUCAAUAAUUUUUCCAAAAAGUUUUAGAGAUUUCCGGACGGAUAUUAACACUUGAUUGCUGAGCCGGUUCCCAGAAAUCUCCAGAGAAAGGUGAAUGAUUUUUGUGUGAAGAAGUAGAGAUCCAAGAGGAAUGGCAAGUCAAGCUGUUACCGCUUUCAGCGGUAACAUGAAGAAAGCACUUGCUGGCCUGAGACGUAUUGAUCUAGAAGGUCUGCGAUGGAGAGUUUUUGACGCGGAAGGCCAGGUCCUUGGGAGAUUAGCAUCUCAAAUAGCUACUGUGGUUCAAGGCAAGGAUAAGCCAACCUAUACCCCUAACCGUGAUGAUGGAGAUAUGUGCAUUGUGCUAAAUGCAAAGGAUGUAUGCUUUACGGGGAGGAAACUUACGGAUAAAGUUUAUUACUGGCAUACUGGGUAUGUGGGGCAUCUCAAGGAACGGACUUUAAAAGACCAGUUGGCCAAGGAUCCUACAGAAGUCAUUCGCAAAGCUGUCCUACGCAUGCUUCCCAGAAACAAAUUGCGUGAUGAUAGAGAUCGUAAGCUCAGAAUAUUUACCGGGAGUGAACACCCAUUUGGUGACAGGCCCCUCGAACCUUAUGUGAUGCCACCUCGAAAAGUUAGAGAAAUGCGGCCUCGUGCAAGGCGUGCCAUGAUCCGAGCUCAGAAGAAGGCUGAGCAACAGCAACAGGGUGCUGAUGAUAGGAAAAGACGCAAAAAGAAAGAAGUCAAUACAGAAGAGGCUGCCUGAGUUCUUCUUCAUGAGAGUACUCGAAUCAGCAAUUGUGUCGAGCAUUCAUCAUUCUGGCACUGGCGAAACUAACCUUAUCUUUUGCGAGUCACAUAUAGCUGGGAUCAAUACUAGUUUCUGUUAGUUCAGAUGCAUAUGACCCAUCAUGAUCAGUUUGUUGGUUUCCGUCAGCUCAGAUGCUGCGUCUGUCUUUCGGGACUUGGAGAGGCCUAUAUCAAAGAUGAUAAGCUUUGUGGAUCAUGAACACCUUCUUUAUUUUACAGGUAUCUUCAUGAUAUGCAGGAUGGUAAGACUGUUUCCCUAUAUCAAUUGCAAUUUGGUAUUCUGUUCUGAAAGGAUUGAUUGGCUUUUUGUCAAUAAGAAUCAUUAUUCUGCUCCAAAAGAUGCCCUUCCAAAGUUAAGUUGAAACUUUAAAGAGACAUCACAUGUAAGAUCCGUGUGUUAAAUAUUUAUAUUUUUUCCCUUAA